ACGCAACACGCACAAAAACCCAAGACACAUCCACACAAUGGCAGGAGGACGCGGAGGACGCGGUAACGGCAGGGGCGGCAGGGGCGGCGGCGGCGGCAACAACGGCCGUCGCGUCGUUCAGGUGGUCUCCCCCCAGCCCGGCGCCAAGAACAAAACGGGAGGCGCAAAGACGCUCGACGCCAGAUUCACCGCCCUGAACAAGCGAAGGGCCGAGCAGGUGCAGCGCGGCACCACCGCGCGCUACGCCGCGACCAUGGCGAAACGUACCGGACAGAGCGCCAAGAAGUUCGCGGCGCCCGUCGCAGUCGCGGGCAAGGGCAAAAAGAUCGUCGUCGCCAAGAAGGGCGUCGCCGUCGGCAAGAAGAAGGUGACCGUCGCGGCCAAGAAGGCCAAGCUCGCGGCGAAAAAGGAUGCGCGCAAGGCAAAGGCCAAGGGAACGGCCGCGCCGGCCAAGAAGGCCACACCGGCCAAGAAGGCCCCCAAGAAGAAGAAGACUAAACCCGCCAAGCCCGAAUACAAACCGGAAGAUCUCGAUAAGGAUCUGGACAGCUACAUGGCGGCCGCGCCGGCCAACCCGGAGGCCAUGGCCGCGUGA